AUGGACCGUCAUCAGCGCGUCGUUGCGCAAGUCGCGUCCAAAGUCAAGGAUUACUUCGCGCGCAAGGAGCCCUUCCGGAUAUCUCAUGGCUCAACAAACAGUACGCGUCCAAAUUUAAAGAAGCAUGUCGUUGAUAUCAGUGCUCUUCGGAAUGUCAUCAGUGUCGACACGCAUACUAAGUCGGCACUCGUUGAACCAAACGUUCCCAUGGAUCGGCUUGUCGAAGCAACGCUGCCACAUGGCCUUGUGCCGCCGGUCGUAAUGGAGUUUCCUGGCAUUACAGUAGGCGGAGGCUAUGCAGGGACGGCAGGAGAAAGUAGUAGCUUCAAAUUCGGCUUCUUUGACCGCACAAUAAACGAAGUUGAGAUGGUCAUGGCAGAUGGCAAGAUUGUCAGAGCUAGUGAGAAGGAGAACCAGGACUUGUUUCAGGGUGCUGCUGGCGCAGUCGGCACCCUAGGUGUUACGACACUCGUUGAUUUGAAGCUUAUUGAGGCGAAGAAGUACGUCAAGACCACGUACUAUCCAACUCGAAGCGUGGCGCAAGCUGUCAAAGAAGUCAAGGACCAAACAGAGGGCGAGAGGGGACAUAAGAAUGAUUACGUGGAUGGGGUUCUAUUCAGCAAAGAGCAUGGGGCUAUUGUGACAGGCGAGAUGACAAACGAAAUACCACCGGGCAUCAAGCCGCAAACGUUCAGCAACCCCUGGGAUCCAUGGUUUUACCUACAUGUCGAAGCGGCUACACGCUCUUCGACCGAGCCCGUCGUUGAGUACAUCCCACUCGCUGAGUAUAUGUUCCGUUAUGACCGCGGUGGCUUCUGGGUCGGCCGUUCGGCAUUCAGCUACAUGAGCUUCCCUUUCAACAAGUUCACAAGAUGGUUCUUAGACGACUUUCUUCACACACGGAUGCUUUAUCGCGCUCUACACGCUUCUGGAAUAGCAACACGCUACAUUGUACAAGACAUGGCACUGCCUUACCCCAACGCGGAGAAGUUUAUCGACUACACUGACAAAACUUUCAACAUUUGGCCGCUCUGGUUGUGCCCGUUGAAGCAAAGUCCGCAACCUACCAUGCAUCCACAUACCAAGGGCUCCUUGACAGCCUCUCAAAUGCUCAAUAUCGGUCUCUGGGGCUUCGGCCCUAAAGAUCCCGUCGCAUAUCUACAGAAGAAUCGCGCGCUCGAGAAAACACUGGGAGAGAUGGGAGGCAUGAAGUGGCUCUAUGCACAAACAUACUACAGCAAAGAUGACUUCUGGGCGCAGUUUGAUCGCAACUGGCACCAGGGACUAAGGAAGAAGUACAAUGCGGAGAUGCUUCCUGAAGUUUAUGACAAGGUGCAUGUUGAUGUGGAGAAGUAUACGAAGAUGGCAGAAAAGGAUAUGGGUUUGCGACUAAGAGGAAUAUGGCCACUAGGUGGAUUUUGGGGAAUUUGGAAAUCCAUACAAAGCAAGGACUACAUGAUUGCCAGGAACUCUACCUGGAGAUCCAAAAGCUAA